CAACGCUCUCUCUCUCUCUCUAAAUAUUUGAAUAACGUUAAUUCAAUUCCAAAUUCAAAUCAUCUAUCAACAAUGUCAACUGAAGUGAAACGCUCUGAUCUUCAUUCUCACUCCAAAAACGCUUCUCUCCCAACUAGCAAAAUGCAGAAUAUACCAAGUGAAAGCAAACCAUUGAAAGAGUCAAAGAAAAAGGCUUCAGUUUCUUGUGCUCAAAAUCAAGAUGGAAAGAAAGUGUUAAAAGAAAACAAGUGCAAAUUAUCAAGCACAAAAUCUAACAUGUGUUUUUGUUCACCAACAACUCAUGAAGGUUCAUUCAGGUGUAGGCUUCACCGAAUCAGUGCAGCUAAGAAAUCAUCAACUGAGAAAAUCAAUUUGAGAUGUGUAAGGUUUGGUAGAGUUGGUUCUGCUGAAUUUGGAUCACAUGAUAGCUUAAUCCAACUUUCUAAGUUGGGUUCUUAAGAAAUUAGCUUAUUUGGAUUUCCAUCAUGUUGAGAUUUUAUUUUUGGGUUCAUCUCAAACAUGGAAAAUUAGAAAUAGUUAAUGCGGAUAGCUUUAAUUUU